GAUCCACUCGGACUCUAACAGGAUUAAGUUUCUCUGCAGGGCAGGAAGAGUGGACUCGCUCCCGCCAUGGAGCCGUGCGGCGUGUUCUGUGUCUCGCUGCUGCUGUUGGUUCUGGUGGGUCCUGGGGCGGCCCAGUCCAAACAUCCUCUGCCUGUCCUGUGGAUGGUGGACCAGAACUCUAGUGUGGACCUGGCUGUGCGACUCGCUCUGCGGGACCUGGCGGAACAACCGGCGCCGCUCGGGAACUAUGCGAUCCAACUGCAUGUGGUGGAGUCGAAGUGUGAAUUGUCUGCUGUGCUGAAGUCUUUGUUUGAUACCAUGUGGGCGGGGCCUAAAUACCUGCUGGUGUUGGGUGGUGCGUGUCCGUCCGUGAUGCCGACAGUCGCGCGCGCUCUGCCGCCUCUUCACCUGCUGCAGCUCGCCUUCAGGCCGGCCGCCUCCUACAGGAAUCUGUUCAGCAUUGCACCUUCGCCUCGAGCUGUCACUCAAGCCGCGGCCGAGCUGCUGCUUCACCACAACUGGACCAGAGUCGGCCUCGUGAGUGAGCACGGACUGGCCGAGAUGAGGAGGGACCUGAUUGGGCGGCUGGUGGAGGUCAAAGUUCAAGUCAUUGCCAUAGAGCUCCUCUGGUUUGACACCUGCAGCAGCCUGAGGAAGAUGAAGGGCGCAGGUGUGCGAAUCUUCAUCGGAUUGUUGGACCAAGAUUCUGUCUCCGAGGUUUUCUGCUGCGCCUACAGGCUCAAUCUGUUUGGGCCUCGGUACCAGUGGAUUGUGGCCGGACCUGUAGGUGAACCGGGGGCUGGGCGGCGUUGGAGGCCUCAAGGUUUCAGCUGUGGGUCGGACAGUAUCCAGACGGCAGCAGAGGGAUCCAUCAGACUCCAGGUCCAAUUCACUGGCGACCCGAACACACCGAGCGUCUCUGGACGGACUCCUCAGAGCUUCUUUGCUGCAUUUGCCCGGACGAACCAGGACUGGGCAGAGGUCAGUUCACUCCAUGGCUACGCCUACGACGGCGUGUGGGUGGCAGCCAAAGCACUGAGUCAGGUGAUGGAGGCGGUGAAGCAGCGAGAGAGGCUGAGCAGGAAGGUGAGCGAGGAUGUUGAGGAGAAGCUGCUGCUGGAGGCCGUGAGGCAGACGCAGUUCCAGGGUGUGACGGGUCCAGUGUCCUUCAGGCAUGGCCAGAGGAUGACGACCAUCCAGCUGCUCCAGUCCCAAGGCAACAGUGAAGUGACGGUGGGAUGGUUUCGCACCGAUGACCAGCAGCUGCGACUCCUCACUCACAGACUCAGGUUCAAAGGUUCUGGACCUGCCAGGGGCCAGACUCUGGUUCGACAGGAGAGACGAGGCGUCAGUUUGCUCCUCUACCUUGUCAUGUCGUCAGUCGCUGCUGCCACCGUCUUCCUCACCCUGGUCGUCCUCCUACUUGUCACGGUCAAGCACAGUCUCUGGCUCAGCAGGUGGAGGUCUGGCUGUCAGGACCGGCUGCUGCUGCUCGGCCUGCUGCUCUCCUCCUGCUCAGUCCUGGUUUCUGGGCUGGACCAUGUCCAGUUUCCAGACCGGACCGCAGCCAUUCUGUGUUCUGUCCACCAGUGGAUUCUGUCCCUGGGUCACACACUAAGUGUCUCUGUGCUGCUGAGCAGAAGCUGGAGGUUUUCUUCUCAGGCAGGUGUCACGCAGCAGCAACAGAACCUUCUGGUCCUUUUCCUGUUCCUGCUGGACGUGUUUGUCUUGGCCUCCUGGCAAGUCCUGGACCCCCUCAGGCGGGUGGAGACGCAGCAUGCUGCCGAGGACGACCCUGUGGAGCCUGACGUUCUGCUGCACCCAGUGUCAGACCUGUGCAGCUGCAGCAACCUUCACCUGUGGACCUCUUCAGUCUAUGUCAGCCGAGGCCCACUGCUGGGUCUGAGUUGCUUCCUGGCCUGGAACACCCGGAGCUCGCGGACGGAGCAGACAGCACCGGAGCGGACUCAUCUGCGUCUGUGCGUGUUCUCUGUGGCGUUGUUCGCUGCGACUGGAGCGUCGACGUCGCUGCUCCCCACCCACAGCCCUUCUGUCCACUUCUGCCUCACCAGCAGUCUGGUCCUUUGCUGCAACAUCACCGUCCUCGCUUUCAUGUUCGGAGCCAAGCUGGUGGCGCUGUGCUCGAGUGACUGGGAGCCGCAGAGUGAAAAUGAUGACACGGACGAUCAGCUGAACAUCUUCAACUGGCAGCUGAAGAGUCGAGUCGCUACGCUGGACCUUGAAAUCCGAAGCAUCAUGAUGCAGCUGAGCGAAGAGGAACCAGGAGGCGGAGUCCAGGGUGGGACUCUCUCUCGUCCUCUCUCUCACCUCUCUCACUUGUUGACCUUCGUGUGCUGCAGCCCUCAGGUGUGUCACUCACGCCGCUCAGAUCUACGCUCCGAACACGGGUCCCGGGAACAUCAACUCCCCCGAACACGUGCGCCGCCGUCUCUCCGUCCAGCUGCCCAUCCUGCACCACUCCUACCUGCCGGCGGUUGGGGGGGUCAGCGCCAGCAGCUCCAGCCAGUUCGGCAGCAGGGAGGCCAUCGUCUACGUCUAUGACCACUUCCUGUUCACCUGACCGGUUCCCUGAGGCAACCACAACUUCCUGUUUACAAAGACAUGAGCCUUGGACCGCGACGCUUCGUCCUCUGGAGGUGCUCUUUUGUACUUGUUGUCAC